GUCACAGUCCCGGCCCUCCGCGCGCCCCUUUCCAGGCAGGGCUUAGUCCCAGAUCUUCCCGUGAGGCUCCUCGCUGCCUCGUGUCAGGCCGCGGGAGCCCAUGGAGGAAAAGGAGGAUAAGCAGCAAGAGCAUAAAAUAGAAGAUGGUGGUAUAGUGUAUGUAACUGGAAAAAAAGAAGAAAUCAAACAACCUGGAAAAAGUAUACAACAUUCAAAACCAUUUGUUGGGAGAGGACGUAUAUAUUAUGCAAAAUUCAUUCAUACAAAUGCAAGAACAUUGAAUGAACCAGUUCCCUACAUAGAUCCCAGAAAAGGGCCAGAAAAGCAGGGUGACUGGUGGUCCCAUGGUAAAAGACUGGAGCAUCCCUUCCAACCACCUUAUGACACUAAGAGCACCCAGAGGAGUGACUUUCAAAAGCCAGCAUGUCCAUUGGUUUUGCCAGUCAAACACAGCAAGUUGCAAAAGCCUUCUUGUGGAAUAGUUCCACUUGCCUCUCCUGAUGCAUCAGCAGAACUUCAAAAGAAUUUUAUAGAACACAUCUCUUUUUUACAUCAAUAUGAUGCUAGGAAAAGUCCCAACGAGCCCAUCCGGGGAAAGCGACAUGGAGCUUUUGUGCAGACAGAGAUAAAACCAGGGAGUAGGCCAAUAAUUCCUACGGGAACAGAGGUAUUACGGAAUGCUCUAGGGUCAUGCUCAUCAGAACAGUCCAAAAAAACAGAGAAAGGAAACUCAGCGGAAAGCAAAAUGAUCUCACCAGGUCUCUGCCGACAAAAUUCCCCAGAGCUGUUAGAGACUGAAACUCACUUAUCAGAAACAGACGUCAGAGAGGCAGCCAAGGCAUGCCCCAGAAGUCCUGAAAGAAAGGAGAAGGUUGCAGACAUCUUCCAAGCAACUGCAGUAAACGCUCUUCUCCCCAGGCAUGAUCAUUUCAAUCCACCAAUAAAAAGUCAGGAUAAGUCAGGAUAAAUUACCUUCUUCAGUUAAAAAUCUAAUCCUUGGGAUGGAGAGGAAUUACGGAAUCACAGAAACCCUCACAGUUGCUUUUUCUGUUAUCAAUAACCUCAAAUUUCAAUUUACAUAAAUGGGAAAAUGAAAAAAAGACAAUUAAAAUGCACCAAAAAUUUAA